AAACUGGGUGAUUUCAUUCUGGCACACAAAGACAGGAUCCCUGAAGAACGCUUAAUUUGCCUCGCACAGGUCUUUGUCAAUGUAGAAUUAUUAGGUUGUAGGUACCCAGAACAGACCAUGAAACAGGUUGCAGUUCUUGCAAAGGAUGUUGCAAAUGGCUACAGAGAAAGAAAAAAGAACAAAUUACAACGUACUUUUGUGAAGGCUUCAGAUGCAGCAAGUGCUAAAGUGCAAGGUAGCAGAGGCCCACCAAAAUAGACAAAUUAAUUACUGCAAGAUAAAAUACAGAUGGCUUGCAGAAGUUUGUUUCUAUAGUCAAGUUAUUGCAAUUAUUCUCGCAUUGAAAUUUUACAGAUAAUAGGACUUGUAGGUGAAUUUAAAUGUACAACAAAUAUUUGAAAUAAUUUUACAAGAAAACAGCAAAAAUUCUUUUUUUUUUUCUGUGAUAUUGACAGAUUUUUAGGAUGCAUCAGUAAAUAUUUCUAACCUUUUCUGUCUUACAAGUUAAGUUAUAUAUUUUCUUUAAACUUCAAAGCUUGUAUGUGAACUUGUCAACAGGCAUUGUUGAUUAGAAGAAAUACAUUUUCUAUCAUAUUUGUUCUGAAUUCACAUUUUUGUACAUAACCUUUUAUAAAAUUGAUAUGAAGACAUCUUUUUUAUACAAUAUUUCCCAUAUGCAUUGUAUAAUUAAAACAAAGAUAUUGUUCAACUAAUUUUAGAGGCUACUUAGACAGUUCCAUUGUACAAAGUGGUUAAUCUAUACUAUUUGAACUAUUCAGCAAGGUAGUGAAUCAUCUGCAGAAGGGAAGAAAUAAGACAGUAAAUUCCUACAUUCAUCAAUUUAUUAGCUAAUUGAAAAUUCCUUUUUUGGCAUCUUGAUGGUAAAUAACAUUGUUCAUAAGAUUUCCAAUAAAGUAACAUAGGGAUGGUUACCUCGUUAGUGGGAGAUAGUCAUUUCUUAUCAUCUCUCUUGAUAGGGACAAACAAUUUUAUAGUCAGUCAUAUAUGUGGACGUUUGUUGUCCAAGUGAUGUGAUAUAUUUUAUUGAUGUCCUGGUAUUCAUGGUUUUGAUGACACAUGUAAGCUAUGUAAAAUGUCUGAAAUCUCCAUUGGUUCUGUUAUUAUUUGUUUUGUAGGAGAUCUAAAAUGUAUUUUUUUUUUCAAAUAUUGAUACUAUUCUGUAAUCAAGAUGCAAUGGUUUGGUUAUAUUUUAUUUAAAAAAAAAAAAAAAGUUAUCUUUUAACCCAUUAUUGAAGGAUACAUAUGCUGUUCACUGUAAUUUUACUUUAUUAAUCAUAAUUACAUACAGAUGACUUCAUAGGCACUUAAUUAGGGAGUCAAAUCAUGGGCCAUACUUAAUCUUACCUGUUUGCUUCAUUACUUGAAAUUUCAGGAUAGAAGCCUAUUAUCUACAUAACUAUUACUGUUCUUUUAAUAGUAUUAUUUUUUAUCAGUAUCCCCAUUAUCACUAUAAUGAUAUUAACAAUAUAAAAGAAUAAAAUAAAUGAAAAUAAAACAGGGUAAACAGAUUUGAUCAGAUAGGCCUAUUAAUUGACUCCUCGGUGAUUUGUCUGUGUCGCCAUCUAUGUGGAAACAAAAUCACAGUGGACAAAUGCACUCCCAGCAUGAAAGGGUUCUUAUGAAGAGUUUUUUUCUCCUUUUCAUUUUGCAAAGGUGAAAAUAUUCUCAUAUUCUAGAUUCAUUAAGGUUUAUAUUCUCAUGCAAUUAUGUACUUUAAAAGAAAGGAUUUGUGUUUUGCAGUGACUUCAUGUGCAUGCAUGUAAGAUUAAUUUGGAUAAUAUACAAUGAUUUGCAAU